AUGCUCCCUUUAUCAAAACAAGUGAUUUCGCCUCAUUUCUUGCAGUGAAUGCCGACUUUACUGAACAAGUGAAAUAUUGAAAAUAUGAAGGGAUUUAAAGCGGACGAUCAAUCUCCUAAUAAAUUUGUCACUACCUAUGCGCAGCAUUGGUGGCUAAGAUUCAAAAAUCCAAUAAGCGAAAAGAGAUUUGUUGAUAAGCUGUUUUCUCAUCAGAAAACUUGGCCAGUAGCAAUUUUUAUAUCUUUGAUUUUUGCAAUAUCUCUAUUAUUGCUGGGAAGAGAAAUGACAGUAUUAUCAAUAUAUCUAUCACUCUUGUCAAUAUUGAUAUUUCUCACAAUAAAAAUUGAAAAAUCGUAUAUGUGUAGAGCUAUCGCAGAAAUUAUUGUAAUCCAAUUUAUAAUAGCGACUAUAGGACGUGGCUCUUUACCUGAAAUUUAUAUAGCAUUCGUACCAAGCAGUAUCUUAAAUUAUUAUUUUCUAAAGGCCUGAACAUGUAGCCUAUUCAUAAAUCUUCUGGAAAUAUUACUGGUAUGAACCAUCCGAGAUAUUUGUAUGUUUCAAACCACUCUUGUAGUGCUUUUUCAUGUUUUUUGUAUAGGAUAUAUUGAAAAAGAUUUAAAAUCCCUAUGAGUAUUGUAUAGGCUUAAGGAAGAGAAGUGAAGCAGAUAUGAGCAAGUUCUUAAUGAGUCAGAAAAUUGUAAAUGCGGUAUAAUAGAUGAUGAAAAAGUGUCAAAUAAUGGCCAAAAGAAAAAAAUAUCUAAAGUGAAUCUGAAAGAAGAAGGUUUCAAUCUGCAUGUUGAAGUCGCCUGUCUGAUAGAUGAGAUUUAUAAAAAGGCAUCUAGGAAAGACAUCACAGUUAUCUACUCAAGAGAUUCUUCCAUUCCUUCAUGCACUUUAGGUGAUAAGAAAUUGUAUAUUUAUAUUUUGAGAUGCUUAUUUGAGGCUGCAAUUGAUUAUUCAACUUUAGGGGCUGAUUUAUUGUUUCAUUUAAAAGGGCCAUCUUCAUAUACCGAGGAAUGUGGCAUUGAAUAUCAAAUUUCUUUUCAUUCUGAAAAAGCAACUCAAGAAGGAUUAAACAAACUAUUUGUGAAUCAUGAUGCCAAUGCUGCUCCAAAAUCUAAAUCAUUUGAAAUUCCUAUAAAAACCAAUAGCAAGCUAUCACUUUUUGGAACAAUUUUAGAACUCCUCAAAGGCAGAGUGAAUCAUUGCUUAUUUACAGUAAGUAAGAAUAGAGCAAUUUUGAGUGUCUUUAUUCCUAUAGUAGGGUCAAAAAAAUGAAUUGAGCCGACUUUUAUCCCUAUAUACUCUCAUCCAGAAAUUUUACCUAAUAAUUCAAUUAAAUGGAAACCAGAAAAAUUCAAAAUCAGUGAAGAAUUGUCUAAGAAAAAAAGAAAAACUGUGAUACAAAUGCCCGAGUAUAUAGAGCCACCUAAAAAUUAUGACCCUGUCUCUAAUAAAAAAAUACCAUAUGUCAUAGAAAUCUUGUCUGAAACAUCAAAUAUUUCAAGCGCUGAUUAUUCUCAAGACUGCGAUGAAAAUGUGCAGAUUGGAGCUUGAAUCGUAGGAUGCUCUAAGACUAAUUCUGGAAUUCUAACUCCUAGUCCAAGAUCAUAUAUUCCUCCCACAUUCCAAAAUUCCAAAUCAAUGCCAGAAAACCAAUCCAAGCAUAUCACAUGGCCCUACAAAAAAAAAGUCUUUACCAACAGUAAAGAAAACUCUUUUCCUUCCCCAAAUUAUACAUUAUAGAAGUUUCCUAUGUUUGGCGCUGUAAGGCCGAUAAAUUCUGAUCGGAAUUUUAUCGGUAGGUUGCACCCAAAUCAAUGCCUUGGUCGGACCAAAAAGCGAUUUGGUCCGACGAACUUGGAAAGCUCCUGGGAAAAUGUCUGCGCUUUUAGCGCUAUAUAGAGGAAACCUCUAUAACUGAUAAUCGUCCAAUAUUUCGCUUACUUGCAUGUGAUUCUAAUGAAAAUAAUUCAUUAAAGACUGAAGCUGGAACUUUUAAAGUUCUUAUAGUAGACGAUAUGGCCUCGCACAGAGAGUUUCUGGAAGUUAACCUUUCUGCAAUCACACAUAUAAAUGCAGAGCAUGCUAAAGAUGGAAAUGAAGCCUGGAAAAUGUAUGAAGCCUAUGCCAAAAGUGGGUAUAUGUAUAAAGCAAUAUUUAUGGAUUUAAUGAUGCCUAAGAUGGAUGGGUAUAAAUCGACACAAAAAAUAAGAAAUAUUGAAAAGGAAAAUGGGCAUAACAAAACACUGAUAUGUGGAAUGUCAGGAGAUAAUGAUGCGAGAGAAAAAUGCUUAAGAGCAGGGAUGGAUGAAUUUUGUAAGCAAUAUUUAGUAAUAAAACCACCUCAAAUAAUUGAGCUGAAAAUUAUCCUAAGUCGAGUUGGAGCAGAGGUACUCAAUGAGAAAGCCUAA